ACCUCAUUGAUGCGCCUGCGCACUGCAAGUCAUUCCGGGAUAUGUAGUUCCUCUGGCCUUGAAGAGAAACCGAGCAGCGCUCGGCUUCUUGGGAAACGUAGUUCCCGGCUGUUUGGGGCCGGGCUGGGGCUGGGAGGUCGCAGAGGCAGGCGCGCGGCGGGCAGUCCUGGAGGGGGCGUUCCGCGUGGGCCUUGGAGCCGCCCGCCCUGCCCGAGAAGAGGUCACAGCGUGAGCCCGCCGCCGCCGGUGCUGCCACCACCGCUGUCGCCGCGAGGUCUGAGUGCCGGGGCUGCAGCCAUGGCCUACUGCCGGCAGGAAGGGAAGGAUCGAAUCAUCUUUGUGACCAAAGAGGACCAUGAAACUCCAAGCAACGCAGAGCUGGUGGCCGAUGAUCCCAGUGAUCCGUAUGAGGAGCACGGAUUGAUCCUGCCAAAUGGAGACAUUAACUGGAACUGCCCGUGCCUUGGGGGAAUGGCCAGUGGCCCCUGUGGGGAACAGUUCAAGUCAGCCUUUUCCUGCUUCCACUAUAGCACACAGGAUGUCAAGGGGUCAGACUGUGUAGACCAGUUCCGGGCCAUGCAGGAAUGCAUGCAGAAAUAUCCCGACCUCUAUCCCCAGGAGGAUGAGGAGGAGGAGGAGGAGGAGAAGAAGCCAGCAGAACGUUUAGAAGAGACAGCCGCCACUGAGGCCACUGCAACCAAAGAAGAAGAGGGGUCAAGCUAAUGAAGGCCACAAGGCACUGGGCUCCAGUCCUUAUGCUUCAGAGUGAUACGAACCUUUUGCAAAAUGCCUUUUGGUCAUUCUCCGAGAAAGUCUUUGCCUCUGUUGUUCUGUGCACUCUAAUGUACAAAAUAACUUAUUUUGAUGACCAGGGAUCUUGGUCCUUUGACAGAAUACACUGGAAAAAAAUGUAUGUGUGUCUCACAUAAACCUAUCAGCAAAUGUAGCCGUCAUUUUUGAAUUCUCUUUUCAAGUUAUCCUGAAUUUUGCCGCUUUGAAAUAAU